AUGCCGGCGAAAGAGGUGGCGUCUGAACCAGCGAGUCCCAGGUCGGGGAGCACUACUCUCCUGGAAGGCUUCGCAAGCGCGGACACGCGAGCCUUGAUCCAGGAGAACGUCUACAUCAUCCUUGGUCACGGGCGGUUCCAGCAGAUAGUCCUGUUCAGCGCCUUCGUCGCCAUCUCUGUGGCGCUGCUGCACUCGUUAGACUACUACCUCAUCGGCCGUCCCGUGGACCACUGGUGCCAGCAGCCCGACGACCUGCGUUACCUCGGUGUCCAGGGCUGGAAGAACGUCGCAAUUCCCGUGCUGGCCGACGGCAGCUUCAGCAAGUGCACCGUAUACGAGCCCCCUCUACCGGAAGACAAGCAGCAAGAGCGUAGCAUAGUGCCGUGCAAAGCGUGGGACUAUGACACCGAGAAAGACGGCGAAAGUGUCGUCAGCAUGUGGAACAUGGUGUGCAGCCGCAGCUGGCUCUACUCCGCUUCGAAAUACACGCUCGCAGUGGCCCCCAUGCUAUUCGUUCCGAUCGCCGGAAUCGCAGCAGACCGCAUUGGUCGCAGACCGGUCUUAUCGGCGUGUGCCGUCUCCAUGUUGCUCGGCAGCCUGGUGACCACGCAGUCGUCCACCGUGGGCGUGUUCAUCCUCUCGCGCUUUGUCACACGUGCCAUGGGAAGCGCGACCAUGCUGAUAGCCUUGACUGUGCUCUACGAAGUGACCGGGAACCAGCACCGGGCUCCGUACAUCUUGGCAGCCGGCGGCAUCGCCAUGCUUGUGACGCCUCCGCUGGUGCACGGGCUUUCGACGCUUAAGCCGACGUGGUUGCUCUCACAAGCGCUCUUCGUCACUGUCACGGCAAUAAUGGCCUCUUGGUGCUGCUACCUGGACGAAUCCCCUGUUUGGCAGAUUGCCACGUGGAGGCUGCGCGCAGCUGAAUCCACCAUACUCCGCGCAGCCCGGUUUAACGGCAUAGACGCUCACAAGGCCGCAGCAACAUUCAAAGCUUUCAAGCAGCAGCUCAUGAAGCGAGAGGCCAGCAUCACGUCGGUGACUGCCAACACCACGAGCAUAGUCCGUUCGGCUUCCCUUCGCCGGCGCGCAUUGUCUGCAGUCGUGACGUGGUUUAGCUUGAACUUUGCAUUUCGUGCCUCAGGCUUGGGAGCCACGAUAGAAGAACUGUGGUUGUUGGCAUCACUUCUACUGAGAGGGCUCAUUCUCAUCACAGCCUUCUAUGGCAUCAGGCAACGAGGCCACCGUGUGACACUAUCUGGCGUAAUCGCUGUCCUCGGCGCCUCAAGCGCACUGCAGAUGCUACUCUGUCACCCGCGCUUGGCCGUCGCACUUCCUCUGCCGCGUAUAAUGAUGUCCAGCGCAACGGCGAUUGCCAUAUGCCUGAAUUACGCGUACACCGCGGAGGUGUUCCCCACUAAGAUUCGAUCCGUGGGACUAUGCCUAUCGCACUCCGUCGGCCGGCUUGGUGUCAUUAUGGCUGCAUACAUCCAAGGAUCCUUGCACGAACAACAGCUGUUGGUUGUUGCGGCCAUCACAACUGGGCUGGCAUUUGCCAGCGCAUUAUCGGUCCAGUGUCUUCCCGAAGUAUUUGUCGAGGAGAAGCCUGCCGAAGACCGCGCGGUUCUGAGUGAAAGCCAGCGCAAGGAAGCACUUAUAGCAUCUUUGAGUCCCACCAUGGAGUCGGAGAAGAUACUCAAAUCACCCAAGCCGCGCAAGCAACGCAAGAGAAAAGGAAGCUCGAAACGCGGCACUCCUCAACUGGUUUCGGUGCCUGUCAUGGCGCUCGCCGUUGCCCAGCUGGACCAAGUCCGAUACCAGGCCUGGGACUGCCACAACCCUGACCGCCUUUCACCUUGGACCUGGACAAAAGCUUUUGACAUAAACAGCGUCAUCGACAGGGAACCUCUUUAUCUCCUGCCGUUGCAGUUCAGGCGCGUGUUGCCGGUCCUGAUGAAGCCUGUCCAAGGCUGUCCUCAGCCUUCGUCCGAUCAUUAA